CUUGACUGAUAAGAACGAAAUACAUUCAUCUGGGGGAAGCCGAAACUGCAAAUUCCAUUGCCCCAAAUGUCAACUCUGCAUAUUUGCCCAGAAAAAAAAAAAAAAAAGAUAAUUGAAAACCCUUCUGAGUUCACUACAUUACUAUAUAAAUACCACUGGUUAAGUUCAAAGUUCAUCACUCAAACUCAAGAGAUAAACUUGGGUUCUCCUCCUCCUCCUCCUCUUUCCUGCCUUGUAACAAUGGCUUUGAAGUUUGGUCUCCUCCUAGUUGCAGCUCUGCUCUUGGUCAACGCCACGGCUAUGGCAAGUGGCAACACUGUGUCUGCGGAGUCACAGAAAAAAGGCAAGGCUCCUCCGCCGGCAGAGACUCCUCAUCAUGCCCCGGAGAAGCACCACCACCACCACCAUCAUCACCACGCCGCUCCUCCUCCCCACCACUCCAUGCACGCCCCUCCUCCCCACUACUCCCCGCCUCACGGUACCGUGAAGAUCAGCCACGCCCCUCCUCCUCACCACCACUCAGAGCCACCAGUGUCUCCCACCAGCACACGGGUGCGAGGCAAUGUGCAGCGAGCACUGCAAGACCCACCACCCCAAGAGUGGGUGCAUGAAAGACUGCACGGCCUGCUGCGACAAGGUCAAGUGCGUCCCCUCCGCCAAAUCCUCGUGCAAGCCCUGGGACUAUGUCACCCUCCAUGGCCAAAAGAUCAAGUGCCCAUAAGAGCUCAGUUCCACACGCACCCAUCACCAUAUGACUGCUAAAUAAUCUGCCCUUUUAUAUGAUGUUAUCCCACUACUUUUCCUUUUGCUCGUGUCUUGUUGGAAUUGAGAUUUGGAAAGAUGUUACUUUUGCUUCUUUGUGACAUUACAGUAAUAAGUCCUGAUCUGCGGACAAUGGCCGCCUCUCGUGUAGAAACCCCCUCGUUUCUUCCUCGUUUCGGAUAAGUACUUCUCUUUGUUCGGAAUUUCUACGGUACGAUGACUGAAUUGUUC